AUGGCGGAACAGCAGCAGUUCUACCUCUUGCUGGGGAACCUUAUGAACGCUGACAACAAUGUCAGGAAACAGUCAGAGGAAACUUAUGACAAUAUCCCAGGCCAGAACAAAAUCACAUUCCUGCUGCAGGCCAUCAGAGAUGCAUCAGCUGCAGAGGAGGUCAGGCAAAUGGCGGCGGUGCUGCUGCGGCGGCUGCUGUCGUCCUCCUUUGAGGAAAUCUAUCCAGGUUUGACGCUGGCGAUGCAGACGGCCAUCAAGACGGAGCUUCUGUCCAGCAUCCAGCAGGAGGCGUCGCCAAACAUUCGCAAGAAGGUCUGCGACAUCGCAGCUGAGCUCUGCCGCAACCUCAUUGAUGAUGAUGGGAAUAACCAGUGGCCAGAAGUACUCAAGUUCCUCUUCGACUCUGUGAAUUCUGAUGACAUUGGCCUGCGAGAAGCUGCCCUUCACAUAUUCUGGAACUUCCCAGGAAUCUUCGGCAACCAGCAGCAGCACUACCUGGAAGUUAUCAAGCGCAUGCUUGUUCAGUGCAUGCAGGACCAAGCAAACUCGCAUAUUCGUACCCUGGCAGCUCGGGCAGCGGCAUCGUUUGUUCUGUCCAACGAAAGCAACACAGCUCUGCUGAAGCAUUUUGCCGACUUGUUGCCUGGAAUCCUGCAGGCAGUGAAUGAGUCAUGUUACCAAGGAGACGACUCUGUGCUGAAGUCUUUGGUGGAGAUCGCAGAUACGGCCCCCAAGUACCUGAGACCCAACCUGGAGGCGACGCUGCAGCUCUGCCUGAAGCUGUGUGCUGACGCAAACCUGACCAACAUGCAGAGGCAGCUGUCCUUGGAGGUCAUCGUCACGCUAUCGGAGACGGCGGCGGCCAUGCUGAGGAAACACACAGCUAUCGUAGCGCAGAGCGUUCCCCAGAUGCUGACCAUGAUGGUGGAUCUCGAAGACGACGAUGAGUGGGCCAUGGCUGACGAACUAGAGGAUGAUGACUUUGACAGCAACGCUGUGGCUGGGGAGAGCGCCCUCGACAGAAUUGCCUGCGGUUUGGGAGGGAAGAUCAUUUUGCCCAUGAUCAAACAGCACAUCAUGCAGAUGCUGCAGAACCCUGACUGGAAGUACCGUCAUGCUGGGUUGAUGGCUCUGUCUGCUAUCGGAGAAGGUUGCCACCAGCAGAUGGAGGCCAUUCUUCAAGAGAUAGUCAGCUUCGUCCUCCUGUUCUGCUCCGAUCCACACCCAAGAGUCCGCUACGCUGCCUGCAACGCCAUUGGACAGAUGGCCACAGACUUCGCUCCAACCUUUCAAAAGAAGUUCCACGAUAAGGUUAUCUCGGCUCUGCUGCAGACGAUGGAGGAUCAGAGUAACCCGCGGGUCCAGGCGCACGCAGCAGCUGCGCUCAUCAACUUCACAGAAGACUGCCCCAAAUCCCUGCUGAUUCCGUACCUGGACAGCCUGGUGCAGCACCUUCAUGUCAUCAUGGUGGCCAAGCUGCAGGAGCUGAUCCAGAAAGGAACCAAGCUUGUCCUGGAGCAGGUGGUGACGUCCAUCGCCUCGGUGGCCGACACAGCCGAGGAGAAGUUUGUGCCGUACUAUGAUCUCUUCAUGCCCUCGCUCAAGCACAUCGUGGAGAACGGCGUGCAGAAAGAGCUGCGGCUGCUGCGGGGGAAGACGAUAGAGUGCAUCAGUCUGAUCGGUCUGGCUGUUGGCAAGGAGAAGUUCAUGCCGGACGCCUCUGCAGUGAUGCAGCUGCUCCUUAAAACCCAGACGGACUUUAACGACCUCGAAGACGACGAUCCUCAGAUUUCCUACAUGAUAUCAGCCUGGGCCAGGAUGUGCAAGAUCCUGGGGAAGGAGUUUCAGCAGUAUCUUCCUGUGGUGAUGGGGCCCUUAAUGAAAACCGCCUCCAUCAAACCCGAAGUGGCUCUCCUCGACACUCAGGACAUGGAGAACAUAUCUGAGGAGGAGGGAUGGGAGUUUGUGAACCUGGGAGACCAGCAGAGUUUUGGAAUAAAGACAGCUGGCCUGGAGGAGAAGGCCACUGCCUGCCAGAUGCUGGUGUGUUAUGCCAAAGAGCUGAAGGAGGGUUUUGUGGAGUACACAGAGCAGGUGGUGAAGCUCAUGGUUCCUCUGCUGAAGUUUUACUUUCACGAUGGUGUGAGAGUGGCUGCGGCCGAGUCCAUGCCACUGCUGCUGGAGUGCGCCCGGGUUCGGGGACCAGAGUACCUCACCCAGAUGUGGCACUUCAUGUGCGACGCGCUCAUCAAGGCCAUCGGCACGGAGCCCGACUCGGACGUCCUUUCUGAAAUCAUGCAUUCUUUUGCCAAGUGUGUUGAGCUGAUGGGAGACGGCUGUUUGAACAAUGAGCAUUUUGAGGAGCUGGGUGGCAUCCUUAAAGGGAAACUGGAAGAGCACUUUAAAAACCAGGAGCUCAGGCAAGCCAAAAGACAAGAUGAAGACUACGAUGAGCAGGUGGAGGAAACCCUACAGGAUGAGGAUGAGAACGAUGUGUAUAUCCUGACCAAAGUGUCGGACGUCCUGCACUCUGUGUUCAGCAGCUACAAGGAGAAGAUCUUGCCUUGGUUCGAGCAGCUGCUGCAGCUCAUCGUCCAGCUAAUAUGUCCCAACAGGCCAUGGGCCGACAGGCAGUGGGGUCUGUGCAUCUUUGACGAUGUGAUCGAACACUGCAGCCCCUCCUCUUUCAAGUACGCAGAGUAUUUCUUGCGGCCGAUGCUUCAGUCGCUUUGCGACACGAGCGCCGAGGUUCGGCAGGCCGCUGCUUAUGGCGUCGGUGUCAUGGCUCAGUAUGGCGGCGACAGCUAUCGUCCUUUCUGCACAGAGGCCCUCCCCCUGCUGGUCGCCGUCAUUCAGGCGGCUGAUUCUCGGUCAAAGGAGAACGUAAACGCCACAGAGAACUGUAUCUCGGCGGUCGGGAAGCUCAUGAGGUUCCGGCCGGAGUGUGUGAACGCCAACGAGGUUCUUCCCCAUUGGCUUAGCUGGCUGCCGCUCAAAGAAGACAAGGAAGAGGCCGUUCACACGUUUGACUUCCUGUGCGACCUCAUUGAAAGCAACAACCCAAUUGUCCUCGGGCCAGAAAACUCCAACCUCCCUAAAAUUUUCCUCAUCAUAGCCGAUGGCGUCGCAAAUGAAUCUGUUAAAACUGAAGAUGCCUGCACCAAACGGCUCGCAAACGUCAUCCGUCAAGUACAGGUAUCUGCAGGAUUAUGGACGCAGUGCGUUUCCACCCUGAACGAGACGCAGCAGAAAGCCAUCCAGGACCUCCUGAACACCGCCUGAAGCUGGACCUGUCGCCCUGUCAUCUUCCUUUCCGUUCUCCAAAAUGCCCAUGAAGAAACGUAGAGCUCUUGGAUCUCUUCCAUACACUCCCUGACCUCCCUCCUGCUCUGUAGUGUAUGGAUGCCAGAUUCACCCUCAUCUUCACCUUCGCCUGACUAACAUAAAAAAACCGAAGCUCAGCUAACUGGUGGGGGGGAGCAGGUUAGAUCUUUGCGAUGGGAGGACAUUGGCCACCAACCUUAAAGACUUUCUUCCUCUACUCAAGGAAGUGAGAAUAAAAGUUAAGCUGUUGCCCCGUCUCUUAUCUGGAUGCUUUCUUUCCAGCCAUUCCCCAACUUGUCUUGCUUCUCCACCCAGGGGGGUCUCAAAGUCACCCAACUCAUUGGACUGCAGACACGAGGGUGGCAGGACAUUAUUCUGGACUGAGCUGCUCAAAGAGGUGGAAAUGCACACUGGGCAACCACUGCCUGUGUCCUGUGAAAUUUCUUUUUGUAUUUCUUUUUCUCGUUCCGUGUUCAGUCGCCUGAAAGGGGGAGGAAUGGCCUCCGUCUCCCAUGGUUGACCAGAUGUAUUUGAAACCGGCAUGUUAAGUGGCUAGCUCAAGAAAAUACAAAUGGUUAGGUUAUUUGCAUCAUUUGACGUCUGGGAAGCGGUUUUCCUUAAUUGAACUGUUCUCGGACCCUUCGGGUAGCAGACGAAAGACGGGGGUGGUUCUUCAGAGACUCGUUCUGUAGUUGGUUGACGCCUCGAAGCAAGUUGACUGUAAAAAGAGUGCGACCUUAACUCCUGACCUUCUGGUUUUGACCCUUUGCAGUCCUGCAGAUGUGAAAUGGAAACUACCAAUAAAAUUAUAUUGAGGACUUC